AUGUCAACCUACAGCACACCAAAGUGGUGGAAAGAGGCUGUUGUUUACCAAAUAUACCCUGCUUCUUUCCAAGCACAUCCUGGAGCCAAGAAUGAACAGAACAUUGGCUGGGGUACUGUCAAUGGUAUCACAUCGAAGCUCGACUAUCUGAAAGAGCUUGGUGUAGAUGUGGUUUGGACAUCGCCAAUCUACAAAUCUCCACAAGCCGACAUGGGAUACGACAUCGCCUCAUAUACAGACAUCGACGAGAUCUAUGGAAGCCUAGAAGAUGUCGAUAAUCUCAUUGCAGAGUUAGGAAAACGAGAUAUGAAGCUCAUGAUGGACGUUGUGUUCAACCACACGAGCAACAUGCACCCCUGGUUUCUUGAGUCGCGGUCCAGCAGAGACAACCCGAAACGCGAUUGGUAUAUAUGGAAGGAUCCGAAGUCCAGGUCUGAGGGAGGCACAACGGUUGAGCCGAACAAUUGGGCACGAAUCUUGGGUGAAGCAUCAAGUGCAUGGACCUACGACACCGAGACCGCUCAAUAUUAUCUCAGCAUCUUUACUGCUGAACAGCCUGAUCUAAACUGGGAGAACCCUGAGGUACGAGAAGCUGUUUGGGACGUCAUGCAUUUCUGGCUGUCUCGAGGUGUGGCUGGCUUCCGCAUGGACGUUAUAAAUUUCAUCUCCAAAGUACCAACAUAUCCCGAUGCCCCUAUUGUGCUUGAUCCGAAGACACACAGCUAUCAGCCAGGUACGCAGUUUUUCGCGAAUGGACCGAAGCUUCACGACUACCUAAGAGAAAUGCACGACAAGGUUCUCUCUAAAUACAACACCAUCACGGUCGGUGAAAUGCCUGGUAUCAACUCUGAAGACGAGAUCCUUCGAACAGUGGGUGCCAACGCAAAAGAGCUCAACAUGAUCUUCAUCUUCACGCUCGUUGAUAUUGAUAAGCCUAACGUUCGUAUGGCGCUGAAAGAGUGGGACGUCAAGGAAAUGAAGAACAUCAUAACGCAUUGGCAAAGAGUGAUGAUCGACCGCGAUGGCUGGAACAGUGUUUUCAUCGAGAAUCACGACAACCCACGAUCAAUCAGCAGAUACACAGACGACAGCGAUCACUACCGCGACAAGGGUGCAAAACUCCUAGCUCUCAUGCAAACCACGCUCGGAGGCACAAUCUUCGUCUACCAAGGCGAGGAAAUCGGCAUGCGCAACGCAUCAAUGGACUGGGACCCUUCUCGGGAAUACAAAGACGUCGAAACAAUCAACUAUUGGGAGAAAUGUCAGAACAUCUACAAGGACAACCCAGAAAUGCUCAAGCACUCCAGAAAGAUCAUCCAGAUGAAAGCACGCGACCACGCCAGAACACCAAUGCAAUGGUCGACCAAACCGAACGCCGGCUUCUGCGACGCCGACACAAAACCCUGGAUGCGCCUCAUGGACGACUGGAAGACAAUCAACGUCGAAUCCCAAAUGAACUACCAAUCCGAAGAUGAACUAAGCACAUGGCAGUUCUGGCAGCGUGGAUUGAAAGAUCGAAAAGAGCACGCAGAUGUGUUCGUGUACGGAGAUUUUGAGGAAGUCGCAAAGGAUAAUGCGAAUAUCUAUGCAUAUGUGAGGACGAGCAAGGCUGGGGAGAAGUGGCUCGUGGUGCUGAAUUUCUCAGGAAAGGAGCAGACAUGGGGAGUGCCUACGGGUAAGAUGGAAUUCUGGGCAUGUAGCACUUAUGUUAAGGGACGGCCGGAUGAGCCGAAGUCUGGCCAGAUUGUCCUGAGGGCGUGGGAGGGUGUUCUGGGCAAGAUCGCUUCGUAG